AUGAUUGCCAAAAAGAAACCACGAGCUGGCCGCCAGGAGAAAAACUCAAAGGGAAAACAGAUUGCGCAACAUGAGACUCAAAACAAAGCUCCCCACCAGAGUGGCUCUCGUUUCUCGGCAUUGGUGAACGAGGAAGUGAUGGAGGAAGAUGGUGCUCAAGUUGGGGACACUACCCAGGAGCAGCCGAAGAAGCCAGUAAGGAGUGAUAGGGGUGCUACGGGAGGAAAUCACAGAAGAAUACCAAGGGGAGUGAGCCAAGUAAACACCUCAACGAGGUUCCUGUUGCUAAAGUAG